AUGUCGGCUCACGAGCAAAUGAGGGCAAUGUUGGAUCAAUUGAUGGGUACAGCACGUAAUGGUGAAACUGAUAAACAUGGAGUUAAAUUUUACGACGAUUCAGUUUGUAAAUCGUUUUUACUGCAAUGCUGCCCUCAUGAAAUUUUAUCAUCAACGCGAAUGGAUCUAGGUGAGUGUCCUAAAAUACAUGAUCUGGCUCUCCGUGCGGAUUUUGAAUUAGCAUCGAAAACCAAAGAUUAUUUCUAUGACAUUGAUGCGACGGAGCAUUUAGAGGCGUUUAUAGCGGAUUGCGACAAGCGGACCGCCGCGGCGAAACAGCGUUUGGCGGAGACCCAGGAGGAACUGUCCGCAGAAGUGACCGAGAAGGCGAAUGCGGUCCACGAGCUGGCGGAACAGAUCGGGCAGAAACUCGCCCGCGCCGAAGCCCUCGGCGAGGAGGGUAUGGUCGAAGAGAGUGUCAAGCUUAUGGGAGAGAUCGACGAGCUGCGCAAAAAGAAAGCGGUGGCCGAGCAGGAGUACCGCAACUCGAUGCCGGCCUCCUCUUACCAGCAGCAGAAGUUGAGGGUGUGCGAGGUGUGCUCCGCUUAUUUGGGCAUACACGACAACGACCGCCGGCUCGCCGACCACUUCGGCGGGAAACUCCACCUCGGCUUCAUCACCAUCCGCGAGAAGCUCUCUGAGCUAAAGAAAACGGUGGAGAAGCGGCGCGAGGAGCGUGGCGCUUCGGAGAGGGAGCGCGGCGGCGGGCGGCGGCACUACGUGGGCGGGCGCGAGCUGGACCGCAGGGCGCGCAGGCACCGCGAGUCGGCGCGCGACAGAGAGCGCGCCAAGGACGGCGACGGCAAGGAGCGCGAGCGGGACCGCGAACGCGACCGCGCCAAGGAGCGCGACAGGGGCGACAGGGCCGAGAGGGGUGACAGAGCCGAGAGGGCCGAGAGGGGUGACAGGGCCGACAGGGCCGACAGGGCGGACAGGGCGGACAGGGCCGACAGGGCGGACAGGGCCGAUAGGGCCGACAGGGCGGACAGGGAGCACGAGCGCGAGCGCGACAGGAGGCGCAGCCGUUCCCGCAGCAGGAGCAAGCGCGAGAGCUCGCGCGAAAGGUCGCGAGCCACCGAGCGCGAACGCGACAGGGACUCGCGCCGCAGCAAGUCCCAUCGGCGCUCCUCCUCGCGCGAGAGGAGACGCGAC